AAUCUAGUUAAAAAAAAUAAAUUUCAUAUUUAAAAUUCAAAAUAAUUUCUAUAUAUUUUUUUUUAUACAACAAUGAUUGGAAAAAAUACAAUUGUGUUUUUAUUUAUCAUGUACUUUAUUGUGCCAAAAAAUAUUGUUGCUAAGAUCGAUAGUAAUGAAAAAAAAAAUGAGGUACAGUUUAGUUCAAUCGAUAAAAAUGGUGAUGAUGCAAUUACCCUUACAGAAUUAAAUCAAUCAGUAGGAAAUAAUACUAUAAGCGAAACAACUUUUAAAAAAUACGACACAAAUUGUGACAACAAACUAGAUGAAAAUGAAUACAACCAGCUAAAAGAAACAGAGGAAUUAAUUGAAAUUAUAUUAUUUGAUACUGCAUUAGGUUAUUAGAGUUCAAAGAAAAUCAAAAAAUUAGUUCUCAAAAAAUUGUUCUUUUUAUUGAAUCAAAUAAAACUGUUUAAUAAAAAAUUAUAGUGUAACUUUUUUUAUCCUUUGU